CAGCUCGCUCGUCCGUCCGUCGGCUGGCGCGCGCGCGCGCGCGUUAACGGAAUUCGCGAUCGAGCACGCAGGGACCACUGACUAAUGUUUAAAUGGACGCAUCGUCCAUUAUCACCCAAGUGUCGCGGGAUGACGAGUUAGGCGCGUUUAACAGCGAGAAAGCCCAGUUACCUCGAGAGAAUGAAGCGGCCAACAGUAGCCCGAGCGGCAAGAAGCCGAGGGGACGCGGGCUCCUGCGCUCCCUGCUCUGCUGCUUUGGACGCGGCCGCGGCGGCAGUUCCAAGAGCUCCAAGGCGAGUUCUCUGCAGGGCGACGGCCGUGGCUCGCCACCACCCGGCACCGGGUCCCCGAGGUUCCUCCUACCGCCGGUCAGGCACCAAGACAUGCACAAGAAGUGCAUGGUAAUCGACUUGGACGAGACUCUGGUGCAUAGUUCUUUCAAACCGAUCAACAAUGCGGACUUUGUUGUUCCCGUAGAGAUUGAUGGAACGGUACAUCAAGUGUACGUCUUAAAGAGGCCUUAUGUGGACGAGUUUUUGCAGAGAAUGGGUGAAUUAUAUGAAUGUGUACUGUUCACUGCAAGCUUGGCCAAGUAUGCAGACCCAGUGGCAGAUUUAUUAGAUCGAUGGGGUGUAUUCAGAGCAAGGCUGUUCAGAGAAUCCUGUGUGUUCCACAGAGGAAAUUAUGUUAAGGACUUGAACAAAUUAGGUCGGGAUUUGCAGCAGAUCAUUAUUGUAGAUAAUAGUCCUGCCAGUUACAUUUUCCAUCCAGAUAAUGCGGUCCCAGUGGCAUCUUGGUUCGAUGACAUGACGGACUCCGAACUACUGGAUCUAAUCCCCUUCUUCGAGAAGCUCAGCAAUGUAGAGAACAUCUACACGGUGCUGUGCAAUAGCAAUCAUCCUUACAAUCAGAUACCUGCGCACGCGGUGCAGAGCAAUCAGAGCCUGCCAACUUCAAUUUCAAUGGCUGCUUCCUAGCCCCACCUGAAUCCUGGCAACACAGCCAGUCUUGUCGCUCAAUGCACCUUCCGGAGGAUUCUGAGGGGACUGCUCCACGUGACCCACUCGCUAUGUGGCGAAGGACCUCGAAGUGCACCCCCACGUUGAUCUUUGGAAAAACCGCUCCGAUCAGCGGAGCCAAAUGUCUUAUAUCUUGAAUGCGCGUCACUCAAGUCGGCACACAGUCGUAGCUGCUGAUACCCUUCCUCCUGGCGAGCAACGCAACGAAGACUGAGUCAUCUUCGAAGCGCGAGUGUUCUUCCAUUUUGCACCAAACGUAAAAAAAAAAAUGACAAACUAUAUAUCGACCCUGUCCGCACGGGCAGAUUGAAGAUACAAUUGUACUCUACAUGAGAACCUAGUGAAGGAUUGAACCAGGAAUCUCCGUCAAGCAGAAACUGCUUAUAGAAAAGUUGACCGAUCGCGAGAAAACGAGGGCGGUGAUUAGAAUGAUUGCCGAUGGUGAUUGUAUACUGGAAAAAAUGUUAAGUUAUAGGAACGAGAGAAAGUAUGAAGAGCAAGGGGAAAAGAAGAGAGACCGCUUCGAGUCGUUUGAUGGGCCAUGCUGUUGUUGCCGUGUAGCUUUUCUAUUUGAACCAAGACACUGCAAACUUUGUUCACUUAGAUUCGAUUACAGUGGAGACAUGAAUGCUCCUGACCCAACUUACAGAACACGUCGAAAAAAAGGAAGGUAACAGUAGCAGGUAGAAUUUAACAUAUGUGUAUAUUUUACUUGUUAUAAAAUUUCAGAUGGAAAAAUUUUAUUUUCAUCGUUAUUUUAAUUACUUAAAAUAACAUUGUAAAAAAAUAUUCCAAAUAUUUUAGAAUUUAGUAUCGAAUUAUUGUAGCUCUUAAAAUGCGUGGAUACAAAAAUCAAGAAAAGUAUCUAAGAGAAUUACAGAUAAUUACGCACGUUUAAAAAAACUUUAUUCGGAAAGAUAAAGUAUUAAGUGUAAUCGAGAAUUUUUUAAUUUUGUAAAAAUACCACAGACAAAAACCACUACAGAGAACUGGAAAUUUAUUCUUAAAAUAGUGUCAUUAGCUUGUUGAGUUGCUCGAGAAGGUUGGACAAAUUAAACAUGCAAAGUUGAUCUCACUAAAGCCCAAGAAACUUUUAAGAAUAUUUCAAGGAUAUAAUGCAAUAUUAAGAAGCUCAAGUUUAUAAGAACAUAUUGUCGACAGUAGAAUACUACUCGCUGUACACUGCCGAGGAGUAGAGAUAACAUUUUUCCGCGUAUUUUAGUAGAUAAAGUUUCAUCUCUACAUUUUUAAAGAGCGUCGUGAAUCGCUGGAAUCAUAAACAUAUAUGAUAAAAGAUCGAUAUCUUAACAAGAUUAUUGUAAAAUCUACUCAUCCAUGAGAUUAUAGCUAUUGAAUUGUUGUUAUUAAAUAUGUAACUAACACAUCCGCGAAGCAUCCACCGACGUCAUGGUUUUCGAAAAAUUUUCGUGAAAAUUAAGCAUUUCAUGAGUGUUGCAUUUGAGUAUUGCGUUAGGCAUUUCCUGCUACUGGUACACACCUUUUAUAGAACGCUCUGUAUGUGGCAUUUAAGACGGUGACAUUGAAAUUUUACAGGGUACGUACUACUAUUUUUUACCAUCUCUGAUAUUUAUGAACAUUUCCAUUUUUACUUUUACCAGUUCAUUGUUAAGUAAAUAAUGUAAUGUAAAUGUACUUCUGUCCAAUAUAUUUAUUGGAAUAAUAUAUUUUAAUUAGACUCAUAUCUCUGAAGAUGUUAAUUUUGGCUUUUAUCAAGCGGUAAAGUUCUUUUAUGAUGUUCGCUAAAAGGUUUCAGAGAAUGUAAAGUAAUAAUUAAAUAAUAUGGGGUUUUUUUAGAAUUAAUUAAAUUAACUUUACUGAGAAAUAUUAAUUAAUUGGUUUGCAGAAAUCUUAAAGAGGUCACAUCAAUAAUAAAUUAAACGAGCUGUUUUGCUGAGAGAAACGAAGAGGAGAGUAAAUUAAGUAACCGAGAAUAAUCAUGAAUUACAUUACAUAUUGUUGCCAAUAUUGAUAAACUGAAAGCUGGGCCAAUGCAUAUCAUUCUUUCCCUCCAAGCUAUGAAGUUACGUCAUAUUUCACCGUUCGUUUUUUUGGAGCAAAAAGAUGACAAUUUAUUUAGACAUCUGGAAUCUAAUGAUUUUCGCAGGAACUGCAAAACUCAGGCAUUUUUCUUAUUCGUUGAAAUCGAAUGUACAUAUAAUCAAUUAAAUAUAUAUGUGUAUAUUACAGGGUGAUUCGGCGAUCCAGCGGCAUAUAUACAUAUAUAUCAGUUCACAUAUUUAUUUUACAUAUAUUCAAUAUAUUUUCAAUAUAUAUGUUAUUAUUUAAUACGCGUGCAUGCACACGUAUGCACACACGUAUACGUUAAAUAUGUACAUACAUACACAAAAAUUAAUAUUUGUUACUUAAAUAAUUUCGCAAUUAUUUUAUCAUGAACUUUUGCUGAUGUGUGGCUCUUAUCACAUCUUACUACUAACAACUGCCAAUUUGAAUUAUCAGAUACACAUGACUGCCAAUCGCGCGAGAAACUAUAUCAGGGAAGGUAAAAGGAACUGGAAAGAAAGAAAUUCACGUCAUAAAAUUGAAUUCUAAUCUUACAGUAAUCUCUGCGAAAA